AUGCACUGUCACUCAUGGCUUAAGGGCCUUAAUCCUGGUCCAAUCAGGGGUAUCUGCUUGAGAGGAGGGCAGCUUGGUGGGCUUUGUGUGGGUGUCACCAAUGUGGCUGGUGUCUGUCUCCUCCCUGGAGCCCAGGGGCUCAGAGCUGGGAGAGGCACUCUGAGGAAGUUGGGUCACCCGGAACCAAGAGAUCCGGGAACCUUGGCACCCGGACAGGCCGGACCGCGACACCGCGGAAACGAGCGGUUCCGGAAUCCCGACAUGGUGAGUGGGCAAGGCCUCCUAGUGGCAAUGGCUGCGCUGCAGCUGCGGCCCCGCUCCCGAUCUGUUCCUGUUGUGAUGGCUCUCUCAAUUCCCCAGCGAGGGGACGGGGCUGGUGGUCCUCUGCCCCUUUGUGUCCUUUGCACCCCGGCUAUGUGGCGAUGGCGGGGUCUUGGGGACGACCCGACUCCCGAUGUGUGGGUCCUGCCUGAGAGGAGCUCUGGGCUGGGGGUCCAACCCCUUCCACCCCCCGGUCCUGAGCUUCCGAAUUCGUGGGCAUCAUCCACGCAGGACCCUGCCCGCGCAGCCUGCGGGGGCGGAAGGAGGUACACCAUCCCCUACCACACGGGGAAAGGCGGUCACACUGAGGUGGCUUCCAUGGAUGACCCACUCACAGAUCUGCUCCAGUUGCAUGUCUCAUCAUCCAUUGCAGGGAUGCUCAACAACUCUUCCCAAACGCGCCUGUGGUUCUGUGUGUUGUUCGACUUUUCCUGUGGCAAUGAGCUGCUGUCAUUCGAGGACGUGUCCAUUGACUUCUCCCCAGAGGAGCGGGAAUGCCUAGACCCUGCUCGGUGGAGUUUGUAUAGGGAUGUGAUGUUGGAGAAUUACAGGAACCUUGUCUCCCUGGGUCUUGCUGCGUGUAAACCUUACCUGGUCACGUUUCUGGAGCAGAGCAAGGAGCCUUUGAAUGUGAAGAGACAAGAGUCAGGAACCAUAUGUCCAGGUAGAUGUCAAGAGUGUGGCAAAGGGUUUUAUUAUCAUUCAACCCUGACUCGACACCAGAUAAUUCAUACAGGCAAGAAACCGUAUAAAUGCCAGAAGUGUGACAAAGCCUUCAACAAUAGCUCAACCCUGACUCGACACCAGACGACUCAAGCGGGAGGGAAGCCUUACACGUGUAAAGUGUGCGAGAAAGCCUUUCACAGCUCUGCCCACUUUAAACGACACCAAACCACUCGGGGGAGACGGGCAUAUCGAUGUGAAGAGUGUGGCAAAUCCUUUAGUUAUUCAUUCACGCCUUACCGGCAUCUGAGAAUUCACGCGGGAGAGAAGCUCUAUGUGUGUAAAGAAUGUGGCAAGGCCUUUAGCCGCUCUUCGCACCUUAACCAACACCAGAAUAUUCAUUUUGGAGAGAAACCGUACAGAUGCAAGAAAUGUGGCAGAGCCUUCGCCUGUUCUUCACAGCUUCAUCAGCACCGGGUAAGCCACAGCGGGGAGAAGCCCUACACCUGCAAGGAAUGUGGCAAAGGCUAUCACCGUCCCUCGUCCUUUGAUCUGCACCAGAGAAUGCAUACCGGAGCUAGCCUCUACAGAUGUGCAGAGUGUGGCCAGGUCUGUCGCUGCGUUCACACCUUACUCAACACCAGAGGUGUUCACACCGGAGAGAAACCCUACAGCUGCAAAGAAUGCGGCAAAGCUUUUAACUGUUCCUCACACCUUCGCCGGCACCAGGUAACUCACACAGUGAGAAACCCUUCCAGUGUAGAGAGUGCAACAGGGCUUUUAAGGACAGCGCGACACUUUGUCGACACGAGAGGAAUUCACACCGGAGAAAAACCCUAUAAAUGCACAGAAUGCGGGAAAGCCUUUAACAAUUUUUCGAAUUUCAUGCGCCAUCAAAGGACUCAUAAGUGAGGGAAGCAAGACAGAGUAAAGAAUGUGA